AUGGCAGGCAGCAGAGGUCGAGGACGGACUCAGUUCUCCUUCAGUGUGGACGCGCUGGGGUUUGGGAGAGGGGACUCCUUACCCUCUUCUGCACACACACCCUCUCCACUCUUCCCUCCUAUGCAGUUUAGGCCAGUACCCCUGAAUGCAGGAGAAGAGGUGGACUACAUGCUCGCUCUGAAGCAGGAGCUGAGAGCCUCCAGCAGGAACCUGCCGUUCCACAUAAAGGCAGCCAGGACAAAGAAAGAUGUGGCUCGUUACUCUGAUAAAUAUCAAAACGGAGAGCCGAAGAACAACUGCAUUGAAUGGAGCCCAGACUGGAGCCGAAUGCCAAAAGAGCUUUGCAUUAAAGUACGGAAACCACGGAAAACAGUCAUAGGUGCCAAGCCACAACUCACACGAAAACCAAAAGUAGCUGCUGGUAAAGAAGAGGUUCUCCAAAAACUAGAGACACUUGAGAAAAGAGAAGAAGAGCAUCAUUCUGAGGAAGAGGAGGAUGAAGAGAAGAAGAAACAGAAUGAUGAGGAGGAGGAGCCGGAUGCGGAUGAAGACUACGACGAAGAGGAGAUUGAAGAUGAGACAGACUACAUCAUGUCUUACUUUGACAACGGAGAGGAUUUCGGAGCAGACAGUGAUGACAAUAUGGAUGAGGCUGUCUACUAACGUGUUUUAAGAGGCAGUUUAUUUAAAGUCAGGGAAGAUGUCUAUGUG